UGUGGCAACGCCGAGCGCACACAUGUUGCGCACAUAAUCGGUUUUUAUGUAGGCGGUUUUCGUAUUAGUUUUAUUUAAUACGACUUAAAAACAAAUGUUGCGCUCUAUAGAACUUAGAAUUAAAAUGCCUGCCUAACAGUAACUUUAGGACUUUGCAUUUAAAAUUAAUUUAAACUAAGAAGCCAUUACCUACAGGGUAUUUGUGAAACGCCUCUGCCGGAAUAUACCGGCACUUUUAGGUAAUGGCCAUGAUUUUCCCAAGGAAAACGCUAAGGCUGCUAAAUUUCCGCCUAAGACGCCCAAGUAUCUCGGUUUCGAAUGCAAAAAGGAGGAUUCAGAGCAACUCCGCCGGAGAAGCGCCCUCCGUGGAAGUGAACUUCAGCAAUCGUCGAAACAUGACCUUCAGUUCCGGUCGCCUGGCAAGAUUUGCAAACGGAACAGCCGUUUGCCAAAUGGGAGAUACCGCCGUCAUGGUCACCGCUGUAGCCAAAUCGAAGCCCAGCCCUGGGCAGGGUUUUUUGCCCUUGGUGGUCGACUACAGGCUGAAGAACGCCGCCUCUGGACGGAUCCCUAUGAACUUCAUGCGCCGGGAACUGGGUCCCUCGGAGAAAGAAAUUCUAUCCGCCCGUUUAAUUGACCGUUCGCUGCGACCGCUUUUUCACAAGGACUACCGCACAGAGACUCAGUUGGUGUGCAACAUGCUAGCCAUGGAUGCGGUUCACAGUCCGGAUGUCCUGGCCAUCAAUGCGUCUUCAAUGGCUCUCUCUCUUAGUGACAUUCCCUGGAAUGGACCCAUAGGCGCAGUGCGAGUUGGCCUGUGCGAUGGCGAGGUUCUAAUCAACCCCACCCGCCGUGAACUGCAGUCCUCGCAGCUCGACUUGGUAGUCUCCGCCACCAAACAGAACCUCGUGGUCAUGUUGGAGGGCAAGGGCAACGUGGUGCUCCAACAAGACCUCCUCAAGGCCAUUAAACAGGGCACUCGGGAAGCCCAAUUCAUCAUUCACGAGAUCGAGCGCCUGCAGAAGGCCUACGGCAGGCAGAAACGCGAGGUGGAAUCGCCCGCCCAAGUAGAUCCCGAACUGGAGCAGGCCGUGAGAAGCAUGUGCGAGAUGCGACUGAGGGAGAUUUUCCAGGACGCGCAGCACGACAAAAUCUCGCGGGAUAACGCGGUCAAUGAGGUGCGUUCGAACGUGAUCGACAAGGUGUGGAGCUCUUUUCCCGACACGGAGCCCUCUCAGAUCGGCGAACAGUUUAACCAGGCCUGUAGGGCCAUCUUCCGGGAACUAAUAUUCGAGCGGGGACUCCGUUGCGACGGACGGGACUACGACCAGUUGAGGAACAUCACGUGUCAGGUGGAUAUGUACAAGCCGCUUCAUGGAUCUGCUUUGUUCCAACGCGGUCAGACCCAAGUUUUUUGUACGGUCAGCUUGGAUUCGCCGGAGAGCGCCAUGAAACUGGACUCGUUGGCUGCUCUGGAAAGCGGGGGUCUGAAAGCCAAGAACUUUAUGCUGCACUACGAAUUUCCGCCAUACGCCACGGGUGAAGUGGGUCGGAUCGGUCCAGUGGGGCGCCGGGAACUGGGACACGGAGCUUUGGCGGAGAGAUCCCUUCUACCCACCCUGCCCAACGAUUAUCCGUUCACCGUGAGACUCACCUCUGAAGUUUUGGAAUCCAAUGGCAGCAGCAGCAUGGCCAGCGUCUGUGGCGGUUCUUUGGCGCUCAUGGAUGCUGGAGUGCCAGUCAGUGCUCCGGCUGCCGGCGUUGCCAUCGGCCUGGUCACCAAGUUUGAGAACGAGGACACUAAGCACUUGCAGGACUACCGCAUCCUCACCGACAUCCUGGGUAUCGAAGACUACAUGGGCGAUAUGGACAUGAAGGUGGCGGGAACGAGGAAGGGCUUCACCGCCAUCCAAGCAGACCUCAAGAUCCCCGACAUCCCGCUGAAGGUUGUCAUGGAGUCGCUGCAGAAGGCCACCGAUGCCAAGGGCAAAAUUCUGGACAUCAUGGGGGAGGUCAUCAGGGAGCCGCGAAAAUACCCCAAGGAGAGCUGGCCAGUGAGCGAGACCUUGUCCGUGGAGCCGCAGCAAAGGGCUCAAUUGAUCGGGCCCAGUGGUCUGCACAUGAAACGUAUCUACUUGGAGACGGGCGCCACUCUGACAGCUGCCGAUGAAAGCCACUUCAACGUUUUUGCACCCUCCCAAGCGGCCAUGGACGAGGCCAAGGAGUUGAUCGAGGGCUACAUGGUGAAGGAGCGAGUUCCGGACCUAGAGUUCGCCGGAAUCUACACUGCCAAAAUCACAGAACUGCGGGACACCGGAGUGAUGGUCGUCCUUUAUCCCAGCAUGCCUCCUGCCCUGUUGCACAACUCGCAGCUGGACCAACGAAAGAUUGCGCACCCGUCAGCCCUUAACCUGGAAGUGGGCCAGGAGAUCCAGGUCAAGUACUUUGGCCGCGAUCCUGUAUCCGGCUUCAUGCGCCUCUCGCGAAAGGUUCUGCAAGGACCUGCCCUGGGCAUAGCCCGCUCGCUCAACAAAUCCGCCGGCGAGAACGGAACGUGAGAUGUGGAGACACUUGUACAGUCCUCAUUUGUUAUGGUUCCCUGCGGGAAGUCACUUUCAAGUCAUGAUACUUUAUUGUAGGAUAAAAUUGUUUUUAAAACACGUACGUAUAUAAAAUAUGGAUGAAGACUCGCAUCUUUGACCGUCCUCUGUUUAA